AUGGACGGGCAACGGUCUGACUCGUCAUUCACUGACGCAGUUAUCGUCGGAAAUGGCCCCUCUGCUCUGAUUCUAUCCUAUAUUCUACAUGGAAACGUCCCCUACUACAACCUUGACUCACCUCAUCCUGAUCCCAUAUUGCAUGCAAAGCUGAGGGAUGCCACGGAGCUUCUCCGGCUCGAUGUUGCCCGCUUAACCAACCAUUUCGAAGCCUCCCGAUUCUCCUACUCGACGCAGUCCUUGCCCAUCAACUCCCUGGUUGACUCGCUCGUCCGGCCGUUUGGCGAGACCGAUGAUCGCGAGUCAGCAUCCUGCGUCUCCUGGCAUCACGAUCCCCAGCGUGCGGUUCCCCAUCUCUGUCUUGGUGAUGCGUUGCAGCCCGGUGGCCAGUGGACUGAGUGUCCUCCCGGCACCACAUGGGAUAUCCAGUCUCUCAGUUACGCGGGGAUGCUUUCUUUGCCAGGGUACAGCUUCUACGAUCACUACUACGCUACUCAUGGUGUCCACAUGCCUUCAUAUACCCGACCAUCCAGACUGGCAAUAGCAGAGUACCUGGCCGCAUAUCCGGCCGCUGUUGGUAUCGGCAACUCCAUACAAAACGGACGGCUAGUUUCUGGUGUCUCUCGAACAGAUGAUGGCUUCUACAUUUCCUCACACCGCAUUCAUUGCAAACACCUUGUCCUCGCAUCUGGCAUAUUCACCGAAGUCAAACCUGCAAGACCUCUCCUCCAGCCACUACUCUCUCUUCCAGCUCAUCCAGAUGUAUCCACGACAGAAAAGGCACCUCUUCUUGUCAUCGGUUCUGGCUUUUCAGCGGCUGACAUCAUUAUCUCUGCUCCCCGAGACCAGAAGAUCAUUCACAUCUUCAAAUGGGAGCCGGAAACAAAUCCUUCUCCGCUUAGAAGCUGCCACCAGCAAGCGUAUCCUGAAUACGCCGGAAUAUACAAGCUCAUGAAACGCAGCACGCUGGCCAAAUUCACUAGCUCCAAACCAAACAAACGAAACCAAACUUCUCUCUCUCCCUUUCUCACCACUCGCGACUGGGAUGAUAUCUAUGAAGCCCUGCCCAACACGCUCGUUGUGGAUGUGGAGAUCGAUGGCACCGAAGGUAUUGUCACUUUUCGAUGUAGUGACGGCUCCACAAUCACUCGCCGUGUGUCCGGCUUAUCCUACGCCGUGGGCCGAAAGGGCUCACUGGCCUAUCUUGACCACAUGCUUCAGCGUGAAAUACUCGGCGCCGGCUUUGACCAAUCCCAAGAUGCAUCCAUUGCCAAAGACACUCUCAAAUCGGCUGCCGUGAACGAUCUCGAGGUAGCCAAUGACGUGUUUAUUAUUGGCAGUCUCACAAGUGACUCCCUUAUUCGUUAUGCUUACGGUGGCUGUAUAUAUGCAGCAGGGAAGCUCAUGGAGCGGCACGCUCAACGUCAGGUUCACCCCCCACCUUGCGAUGGUCCUGUUGAUCACACAGUACCUGGCCAGCCGCAGCCCGACCUUCCUACCACCCCAUCACCCAAUACACCAAUGAACAUAUUGAACCAUACCAAAUUUAAUAAUAAAAGCAGCAAUACAGUACCCAGUGAGCUUCGCAUGCACAGGGUCUCCUCUGACCUUAAACUGGGAUCAAAAAGUGAUAGAUUUGGCAGCAGAAGGCAGCGACCUUGGUGGGCGUUUAUCUUUUCUUCAUGA